AUGCCUGCCCCAUUAUUCCUUUCUGGACCAUGUGAAAUCUGUGGUUUGCAUACCACUGGCAGACAUUUUGGAGUGAUGAGUUGUCGAGCGUGCGCUUCAUUUUUUAGACGGGCGGAAAGUUGGAAAAAAGACAAAAAACCAUGUGAAACAGAUGGAAGUUGUGCGAUUUUUGUCAAUGGAAAGUACCCAUGCAAACCAUGCAGACUACAAAAGUGCUAUAAAGUUGGAAUGGAUUCUAGAUUCCAAACGAAUCGAGAUCUGAUAUCAAGUUCUAUGAAAAAAGUGCCAGAAUCUUUGGCGACAUUUCUUGGUAGACCUGCAUUUAUUUUGUGCUGCGAACCAGCAAAAAUAGCAAUCAACAAGACUUUUAUAGAUAUGACGUAUCUAGUGGAUACAGCUGCAAACGUUUUUCAGAGACAGCCAAACAACAAUUUUAGACCAUUUCAAUAUCAAAACAGUCUAGAGAAAUUGGCUCUAACUUUAGAUGAUAUGAGGCUGAAAGCGCCAGAUGAACGAAUGUUAAAGAUUAGAAAAAUGGGAAAGGACGAAUCGAUUUUCAUUUGGGAGCAAUCAUUUUUAAGAGCAGUUGAGUGGUUUGCUAGUUUUCCCGAGUUCAACAAGCUGAAAAAUUAUAUCAAGCUUGAAAUAGUUAAAGCCGCUUGGAUAGGGUGGACUCGUUUGGAAAAACUCGCAGAAACUGCUGACUAUCGGAGAAAGCAUGUGUUGGCUGAUAAAGUGUAUAUGCUUGGCGAUGAUACAUGUUUGGAUUUUGGAAGUUUUGAGUUCGAUUUGACCUGGUGCACUAAUUAUACAAUGGAGCAGUUGGAAUUCUACAUCUCACCUCAACUCGAACAAUAUUGCCAGCAAUGUGUUCAAGACCUUGUUGAACUUGCUCCAACCAACAUUGAGCUCAAUUACAUGCUGCUUCAAAUCUCCUUAUACCAUGCAGGCAACAAAUGUCAAGGGAAAGUUUUGGAAGCUUGCGAAAAGCUAAUGCAAACUCAAGCGGAUCACCUCCAUGACUAUUAUGUGAACAAGAAAAAACAACCUUACUACUCGGUUCGAUUAGCGAAGAUGCUGAAAAUCAAUAAAGGGAUCGAAGCGGAUAUGAGAGGUCGAGCCGAAAGGAAUCAGCUGGCUAGAACGUUUAAUGUGUUGAAAAUCGAAUUUUCACAUCCUGAUAUGUUUGACGCUAAUUGA